GGGUACACGAGGCAGGGGCUGAAGAUCGGGGUGACCCAACCGCGCCGCGUGGCCGCCAUGAGCGUGGCCGCCAGGGUGGCCGUGGAGAUGGGGACAAAGCUGGGCAACGAGGUCGGGUACAGCAUCAGGUUCGAGGACUGCACCUCGGACAGGACGGUGCUCAAGUACAUGACGGACGGGAUGUUACUGAGGGAGUUCCUCACCGAGCCCGACCUGGCCUCCUACAGCGUGAUCAUGGUGGACGAGGCCCACGAGCGGACGCUGCACACGGACGUGCUGUUCGGGCUCAUCAAGGACAUCGCCCGCUUCCGGCCCCAGCUCAAGGUCCUGGUGGCCUCGGCCACGCUGGACACACAGAGGUUCUCG